AUGAAUAAAGGUAAUUUAGGUAAACAAAUCCACCUUCUUGAACGAGAUCUGGUCAAACGAAAGUUGAAAAUUGACAUGGAGAGACGCAAUAUUCUGAAAAGUUUCCAAGCAAUCCGUCGGACCUCGGGAAACAGUGAUGUGGGACUUCCCCCAGAGGACAGGAUGGACAACAUCUACGCCCACUCCCGACAUUCCAAAUCUGGGCUCCGAUUGAGCGAAAAGCGGUUGAUGGAAUGGAAACGACGUGAAAGGGAACUUCGGAGAUUUAUGCGGGAAAUGACGAUUGGGUCGGAUUUGGAAAUCAGCCCUAGAUGUUACAGAGUGAAUAAGCGAGCAAAGAUGAUUAACGACUUCGGAAGAGACCCCGAAGAACAAUCUGCUAAAGUUUUUAGACUCUAUCUGGAAAACGACAAAAUUCAGUCGAAAUUGGAACCUCGUACAAAAGACAUAAAGGCGUUAAGAUUGGAUAAAAAUCAUUUCAUAAAAAUACCCUGCAAUGCUUAUAUUCAGGAUGACUUGGCUCAAAUAGUGUUACAAAGUGAUUCCAUUGCGGAUGUGGAAAGGUCAACCGGAAGUAGAAUGUCAAGGUCAAAUUCAUCAUCAACUUCUUCAAACAGAGUAACACCAGAAGUGAUGAACAGGCACAAAACACUGUCGACUGAAAGACCACGUGUAUCGUCAAGGAUAAGUUUGAAUCGGAAUAGUAGCAGAAUAGGAUCAGGUCGACAUAAAGUACCUGCAAGCACUUCAGAAGUAACUUCUUCUGGAUACGUGGUUUACGAUAAAGAUGCGUCACAAGCGAUCCAUAAUCAAAUACCAAUGAAAGAAGAACGAGUCAGUCGGGAAAGAGAUAGAUCCAGAAACAGGCCUGGAACAACGUCCCAAAGGGAUUACUAUGACAGGCCAACAUCAAGCAGGUCAAGAAAACAAGGGUUGUCUCCUGUAGCAAACUCUGCAGCGAGCCUAGCAACAUCACCGGAAGUACCAUCAGACCAAAAGCAGAAUGAAAGAAGUGUGUCGUCUGGUCGCCCGAAAUCUGCAAAACAACAACAUGACCGCGUUUUAAGCAGCAAACUUACCGCACACCUCAACAGACAAAAAAGAAGAGGUGACUCUCGUGAUGUGGAUCAAAGCCGGAGGGAAUUUCUUGAAAGGAAUGAAAGACCUACAUCAGUAUCACAAAGGACGCGAAGUCUCAGUCGAUCUGGUAACCGAUCUUCAUUAUCAAAUGGGUCUAUUGAGAACUUUUUGGGAUAUGAAGACAGAAAUCUUACAUCUGCAUCAUCCAGAGCGAAAUCGGUGGAGCGAUGUUGUGGACGUAACAGUCGGAGCAGCAGAUCGCCAUCGAGCAGGGCCAGUAACUCUCUUGGAUUUAUAGCUGAUCUUUUCGACUAUGAAGACAACUGUAAAUCAAGAAAACUCAAGUCAAAUCGGUAUUCGCCAGAUUCAAUGAGUUCCACUUUCGAUUCAGCCGAGGAAAGAAUCACCAGCUCAAGACGCACUCCGAGAAGUUCCGAUUCACGCUCAAGAGCUACUUUGUUAUGUCCCACAAAGCACGACUGCCUGAAAACAUCAAGCAUACCAAGGAGCCUCGCGGUUAAGAAGCCCAAGCCGCAUGUGCAUACCAAUCAUCUCUACGCUCCUUUUGUUUUGGACUCCACCGACGACGAAAGUGAAUCUGAGGACAGUUUUUUCAGUUCAGGAAGCGAUGCAGAGGCUGACACUGAAGACGAAGCUGAAGAACAAGGACUUCAAGAACAACAGCCCGGAACUUCAGUUGUGGUUGUUCCUUCAGGCGAUCAGAGCAAUGUUGGUGCUCAAGAGACUGGCGAGUCUGGAAAGAAUUUAGAAGCUGUUUCAAAUGCUGAGGAACGCAAUAGUCAAGUCAAUGUGGUUGGUGCGGAAUCUAGUGAUACGUCUAAGGACGCCGAUGCAGUUUCUAAAGGUCUUGCGCAAAGGUCAACCGUGCAAAAGCAGGUGCGUUUCAGUGAUAAUGAGGACACCAAACCAUGUGAGAGUUACACCCAACCCAUUUCAGCUGCUGGUAGAAACUUUUCCCAAACAGUAGCAACACAAGCAUCACUAAAUACCACGCCUUCUUUCCAAACUACUGCAUCUCAAACCAUAUGGUCAAGCGGCGCCGAAUACCAUCGCGCGCAUGAAAGUGACCCAAGACGACAUUCUCUGCCAAAAUCUGCAAAAUAUCCGACCUUAAAACAAACCAAAUCAGCUACGGCGGUGAUACAUCCGACAAGAUAUUUACGGAAAACGCAAUCGGAUAUAUUUGUGGAACAUCCACCUAAAAUUAACAGCACUCGUCCUUUAACAAUCGGGUCCCUUUUCAACGUUUCUAUCGCUCUUUCGAAAUUAACUCGAAAAAAGUCACUGCGUGAUCUGGUAAAUCUGAACAAUCCAGAUUUACGGGAGGCUAUGAGACAGGAAAGACUCAAAGAUCUAGAGAUCAAAUCAAAACAACUCUCGGAAGAAGCGAAUAAUUUCAAACUUUGA